AUGGGUGAUGAUGAUAGUCUUUUCUUCGUAGACAACAUAGUGGAUGUGUUGUCAAAAUACGACCACACGGAAAAACGUUACAUCGGAAUGUUUUCGGAGUCGACAAAAUCAAAUUUCCGCUUAGCAUUUGAAAUGGCAUACGGAGGAGGAGGAUAUGCUCUAAGUUAUCCUCUGGUCGAGGCUUUGGUGGCAAAACUAGAUGAAUGUAUUGAAAAGUAUCAUUUCAUUUGGGCAGGCGAUAAGUUACAGAGUUAUUGCUUGGCUGAUCUUGGUGCCGAUCUUAUCCCGGAGAAAGGGUUUCAUCAGAUGGAUCUACGAGGUGACUUGUCGGGUUUGCUCUCGUCACAUCCAACGGCUCCUCUUCUCAGCCUCCACCACUUCGACGCCGUAGCACCACUUUUCCCUGGCAUGAACCGUCACGGCUCAGUCCUUCAAAUUAUGAAAGCGGCCAACGUAGACCAAUCACGGAUGCUACAACAGUCGAUAUGUUACGUCAGAGCUAGUAACUGGACCUUCUCGGUCUCGUGGGGAUACUCUGCUCAUGUCUAUGAGAAGAUAUUCCCACGAAGCUACUUGAAGCUUCCCAUCGAGACAUUCCGUCCUUGGCUCCGAGGAUGGUUUCCGUUUUACAUGUCUAACACGAGACGGGUGUCUAGAAAUCCAUGUGAAGCUCCUCAUUGGUUCUUCUUUGAUUCGAUUGAACAAGUGGACGGAGGAGUUGUUACUUCCUACACAAGGAAGUUUAUUAGAAACAUGACUUCUUGUUCUUUCUCUUGUGAUAUUUCUGCGGAUCCUCUUGCUUCGAUCCGAGUCUUCUCUCCCAUAACUCCCAAAGAGGUUAGUUCAUCCCAUGAGUAA